AUGGCUGACACCGAAUACAACGCCGAGGAGGCCGCCGAGCUCAAGAAGAGAAGAGCGUUCAGAAAGUUUUCCUACAGAGGCAUUGAUCUCGAUCAACUCCUCGACAUCCCCUCCAAUGAACUUCUCACCAUCCUCCAUGCCCGCGCCCGCCGUCGAUUCAACCGAGGCCUCAAGCGCCGCCCCAUGGGUCUAAUCAAGAAGCUACGGAAGUCCAAGCAGAACGCCAAGCCCAACGAGAAGCCCGACCUCGUCAAGACACACCUCCGAGACAUGAUCAUUGUGCCUGAGAUGAUCGGUAGCGUCAUUGGUAUCUACAGCGGCAAGGAAUUCAACCAAGUCGAAAUCAAGCCCGAGAUGGUCGGCCACUACCUCGGCGAGUUCUCCAUUUCAUACAAGCCUGUCAAGCACGGUCGACCCGGUAUUGGUGCUACUCACUCUUCGCGAUUUAUCCCUCUGAAGUAG